GGCAUUUAAAGUGUUUAAUUGUGUGAAUAUGUUCUGAGGUGUCGUGUGGAAUGUGUGGUUGUAUAAAACGGUGUAAAUACUGAUUAGUUGAUUUGUCCUACGUUAGCUACCUUUAGUCGUAGCUAGCUGACCAUACAUUUUAAUGUUUCCCUUUAGAUAACGCGUUUUAUGUUAGUGUAGCAGGAUGAGGCCAUCGGCUCCUCUCUUCUACUAACAAGAUGGAGCCUCGUCACGGGAUCAUGAAAGCUUUCCCUAAAGUUAAAAGAGCUAAAGUGCUACAGGGAAAGGAUGCGCCCGUGCUGAAGAAGAAACUUGAUGAGUGUAACGUCACAGGAAACUUUUUUAACGACGUCACAGUGUACCUUCUGCCGGCGGGAAUUGGAAAAGCCAGAUGCCAGAUCUUCCAGAGACAAAUCCAACAGAAUGGAGGGCAGAUCCAGAGUUUCCUGAGUCCCAGUGUGACUCAUGUGGUUGUGGAUGACAGCAUGGACUGUCACAGAGCACUUCGCUUGCUGAAAGUGGAUUGUGUGCCGUCUGGUGUCCAUCUGGUGAAAUGCAGUUGGUUGAGUCUGUGCAUCAGUGAGAAAAACCUGCUGGAUGUGGAAAACUACAGCCUUCUUUUACCCACAAGGAAUUCAGAAACAAAGCUUGAAAAUACAGAAAAGGAAUCUGAAAAUGUCAAACCUACAACAAACGCUGCUGUGAUGCCAGAAGACACCAAUCUAGAGGAGACUAAAGACUCGACAGUCCCAGAGAGUAAGGAAGAAGGGCGUCCAGACGAGGACGGUGUCUCUCAGAGUGACCUGGAAGCUCUCAUCACUGGUCAGCACCCAAAGGCCGAGACUCCCAGCUUCAGCACAAACCCCAAUCCAGAUGCUGCUGCUCAGGAAACGGUGUCGGGGAAGUGGGUCUGCGCCCAGUCUUCUCGGUCCAAAUGUAACAACUUCAACAAACACAUCACAGACAAGCUUGAAGUGCUGGCCAAAGCCUACACACAUCAGGGGGACAAGUGGAGGGCACUGGGCUACUCCAAGGCUGUCAACGCUCUCAAGAGCUACCACAAGCCUGUCGCAUCAUACCAGGAAGCUUGUCAGAUUCCCGGAAUAGGGAAGCGCAUGGCCGACAAAAUCGAAGAAAUUAUGGAGAGCGGUCACUUGAGGAAGCUAGAUUACAUCGGAGAGGACGUGCCAGUUCUGGAGCUUUUCUCCAACAUCUGGGGAGCAGGAUCCAAAACGGCUCAACUUUGGUACCAACAGGGAUUUCGCACGUUGGAGGAUAUCCGAACAAAAGCUCAUCUGACGAACACUCAGAAAAUCGGACUGAAGCACUACGACGACUUCCUGGACAGGAUGCCCCGAGAAGAAGCAGCAGCUAUAGAGAAAGUGGUGAAGGAUGCUGCUCAAGCCACAGACCCAGGUCUUGUUGCCAUGGCGUGUGGCUCCUUCCGUCGUGGAAAAGCCACGUGUGGAGAUGUCGACGUGCUCAUCUCUCAUCCUGAUGGCAAGUCCCACAGAGGAGUUUUCAGCAAAGUGCUGCACAUCCUUCAUGAUAGCAGCUUUUUGACGGAUGACUUGGUGAGCCACGAGGAGAACGGAGAGCAGAAGAAGUACAUGGGUGUGUGCUGCUUGCCAGGACCUGGACAACGCCACCGCCGGCUGGACAUCAUCGUCGUACCUUACAGCGAGUUUGCCUGCUCGCUCAUGUAUUUCACAGGCUCGGCACAUUUUAACCGCUCAAUGAGAGCCCUGGCAAAGACCAAAAAUAUGAGCUUAUCCGAGCACUCUCUGAACAAAGAUGUGGUUCGUCGGGGUAGCCUGAAAGUCCACGGAGGCGUUCCACUCCCCACACCGACAGAAAAGGAUGUUUUUAACCUUUUAGGAAUACCCUACAGACAGCCUCAUGAACGAGACUGGUGAGGACUUCCUGUUUCCAAUCACUUGUAAAAACUUAACAUGUAAUCAUGAAAUGUCAAACUUUAAUGAACACCCUUAAAGCAGCAAUCUGGAGUUUUCCCCUUUCAGGAAUUAUGUAGGAUUUUUUAGAAAUCCAUAACAGUGAUUGUCUGAUCAUAUGUUGUAAUAUCAUGUCAACAGUAUGUCUUUAUUUUCCACUAAGCCUGCCCCCCCCCCCCCCCACCACCA